AGAGGAGAAGAGACGGGAGGGAGUGGAGUGGCAGCUCUCAGUCUUGCGAUUGUUUACAACUCUCCGUAUCCUGCCAGUUCCUCCCACUACGCUCUCGCACGCAUUCACGCUGUACGCACAAGGCGUUGUACAGUUCGGUCGGUGCUGUGGCGUGUGCGAUCAGGUGGAUGGUGAGCGAGAGGGAAAAUGUACCGGCGUUGAAUCAGCUGUGUAACGUACCAGGAGAGCGCGUAAACUUUGAAGGUGUUGGGGUGUGAAAAGAAUAAAGGACGCAACCAUCCACCAUGCUGAAAGUAAUUCUGAACCGACCGUUUCGAACAGUACUGCUUUGUGUUCCUGUUAUUUUUCUCACCAUAGGUAUGUCUCCAUCAGAAGCGGCUCGUGAAAGGGUAAAAGGACGAGGAUUGAGAAGAUUAAGACAGGCUGCGACAGAGAAAUAUUCCAGCACACCCAUUGUGAGAGGUGAUAUGGGUCCAGUGGUUGAUUCGGAAGACACAGCUGACUUGUUCAUUGAUGAACAUGACAUUCAUCCAUUGAAUCAAGCAGCAUAUUGGUUCACAGAUCCAAGUGACCUAGGUCAUGCAGCACAAAGACCCCAUCCGUGUGAGCAAAGUUCAUGCUAUCCUGCUACAGGUAACCUUUUAGUGGGAAGAGAAAAACAGUUGUGGGCAUCUUCAACAUGUGGCCUAAAUGGACAGGUUCGUUACUGCAUUGUAUCACACUUGGAGGACAGGAAAAAAUGUUUCUGGUGUGACUCUCGACCACAAAAUGCUAACAAUCCUUUGUUAAGCCAUCGGAUAGAAAAUAUAGUAUACAAGUACUUUCCAGGAACCGAAAAGCGUUCCUGGUGGCAGUCUGAGAAUGGCGUAGAAAAUGUCACAAUACGACUGAAUUUAGAAGCAGAAUUUCAUUUCACCCACUUAAUUAUUACUUUUAAAACAUUUCGUCCUGCAGCUAUGUUGAUCGAGAGAUCAUAUGACUUUGGUGCAACUUGGCAAGUUUAUCGCUACUUUGCAUACAACUGCGCGGAGUCAUUCCCGGGAGUUCCUACGACCAGCCCUCGCUCACUUACAGAUGUUGUUUGUGAAUCGCGUUAUUCAAAUGUUGCGCCAUCCACUGACGGAGAGAUUAUUUUUAGAGUUUUACCACCUAAUUUACCAAUAAAUGACCCAUAUUCUCAAGAAGUACAGAACUUGCUUAAAAUGACAAAUUUACGCAUAAACUUCACAAAGCUUCAUACAUUGGGUGACGAUCUUCUCGACUACACACAAGAAAUCCAGGAAAAAUAUUAUUAUGCAAUAAAUCAUAUGAUUGUUCGAGGUUCGUGUUCGUGCUAUGGUCAUGCAUCACGUUGCUUACCACUACCAAAUGUUGAGCCAAGGCCAGACAUGGUUCAUGGCAGGUGCGAGUGUACCCACAAUACAAAAGGCCUCAAUUGUGAAAUGUGUGAAGAUUUCUAUAGUGACUUGCCUUGGAAACCAGCAAUUGGAAAAUUAAUAAAUGCCUGCAAAAGAUGUAACUGCAACAAUCAUGCCACAAGCUGUCACUUUGACUCUGCUCUAUAUGAGGCUACUGGUCAUGUAAGUGGUGGUGUUUGUGAUGGUUGUUUGCAUAACACAAUGGGUCACAAUUGUGAACAGUGCAAACCAUUUUUCUACCAAGACCCAAGUAAGGAUAUAAGUGAUCCAGAAGUGUGCCAAGCUUGUGAAUGUGAUGCACGUGGUUCUCUGGACGAUGGAACGUGUGACUCUCGUACAGAUCUUGCAAAUGGAUUGGAAGCAGGCCGUUGUCAUUGUAAAGAAAACAUAGAUGGAAGACGCUGUGACAGAUGUAAAAAUGGAUUCUGGAACUUUGAUGAAAACAAUCCAUAUGGCUGUGAGCCAUGCACGUGCAACACUCUUGGUACUGUUGAUAACCAGGGCUGCAAUACCUAUACCGGUGAAUGUACUUGCAAACGUUUUGUCACGGGAAGAAACUGUAAUCAGUGUCAGCUAGAAUACUGGGGACUGUCUAAUGAUUAUGAAGGUUGCAAGCCAUGUGACUGUGAUCCUGGUGGUGCCAUUGAUAACAACUGUGAUGUAAUCACUGGACAGUGCAGGUGUCGAUCACAUGUCACAGGAAGAACAUGCAGUCAACCGGAUCAGAGCUACUUUUCCGGUGCUCUCGAUUUUCUUGUUUAUGAAGCUGAGUUGGCUCGAAGUAGUCAGAAUAGCCAUGUUGUGAUUCGUGAGCCCUUCAGAGAUAAUACAGAAACUUCAUGGACAGGAACUGGAUUUAUGCAGAUGUCUGAGAAUUCAGAUUUGGAAUUUACUGUUGAUAACAUUCAGACAAGUAUGGAUUAUGACAUUGUAGUUAGAUAUGAGCCUCAGUUACCUGGGCAUUGGGAAGAUGUUCAAGUUGUCGUGGAAAGACCCGGGCCUGUGGACCAGGAUGGACCUUGUGCCAACUCAUUACCACAGGAUGAUGUCAAACGUGUCUCUCUUCCAGAAGGUUCCAGAAGUGUAGCAGUUUUCCCACCAGUGUGUUUAGAAGCUGGGAAAAACUACAAGAUUCGUUUGGAAUUCAAACACUAUCGUGAUCAAGUAGAUACCCCUUCAGCAUCUGUACUCAUUGAUUCGGUUGCCUUGAUACCAAGAAUUGAAAGCAUACCAUUUUUCCGUGACUCGUCAACAAAUGAGCUUAGAAGACAAGAAUACGAACGUUACAGAUGUGGUCAAGCAUUUUAUGAAGUAGUAAAAGGCACAACUUCAGAUGUUUGCAAGAAAUACCAUUAUAGCAUUGGGUUUUACGUCCAUGGAGGCGCAUACUCUUGUCAUUGUGAUCCAACUGGCUCUUUGAGUUCACUUUGUGAUUCAUUGGGUGGGGCUUGUCAGUGCAAAACAAAUGUUGUUGGCCGGACGUGUGAUCGCUGUGCUCCGGGUACAUACGGGUUUGGCCCAGAGGGUUGCAAGGCAUGUGACUGCAAUCCUACCGGUGCUCUUGACAACUUCUGCGACGUAAUAACAGGCAUGUGUAAGUGUCAUCGGAAUAGAUAUGGACGAGAGUGUGACAAAUGUCAGCCUGGGUUCUGGAACUAUCCAAACUGUCAACGAUGCACGUGCAAUGGUCAUGCAGACGUAUGUGAUUCAAGAACUGGAAGCUGUACCAACUGCAGAGACUACUCAAGUGGACAUUAUUGUGAAAGGUGCAUUGAAGGCUAUUACGGCGACCCCAGCAUUGAUGGAGAUAUUCCAUGCAGGCCUUGUCCAUGUCCAGGAACAAUAGACUCUGGCCAUUCGUAUGCCACUCGCUGCAGUCUAGAUGCACGCACACAAGAUGUUGUUUGUGAAUGCAACAUUGGAUAUGCAGGUUCUCGUUGUGACAUCUGUGCCGAUAACUAUUUUGGAAAUCCAGAUGUACCAGGAGGUUCAUGCCAGCCAUGUAAUUGUAAUAACAAUAUUGACAUAUCACGACCAGGAAACUGCGAUAUCCGCUCCGGCAAAUGCUUACAGUGUCUUUUCAACACAGAAGGGCCAAACUGUGAAGUCUGCAAGGCAAACUACUAUGGAGUGGCUCAGAAUCAGUCGUGUAGAGAAUGUGUGUGUGAUCUUCUGGGAACUGACAAGAAUGCUGGACCUUGCAGUCGUGAGACAGGACAAUGUCCUUGUCUUCCAAAUGUCAUUGGAUUAAGCUGUGAUGAGUGUGCUGAAAAUCACUGGAAGAUAGCUAGUGGAACUGGUUGUGAACCGUGCAACUGUGACCCAGUUGGUUCAUAUAGUGACCAGUGCAAUUUGUAUGAAGGUCAGUGUGACUGCAAACCAGGUUUUGGAGGACGUCAGUGUAAUCAGUGUCAGACCAAUUAUUGGGGUAAUCCACAAUUGGAAUGUUAUGCAUGCAACUGUAAUGUAGACGGCUCCAAAACACUGCAAUGUCAUCGUGAUAAUGGAAGUUGCAUUUGUUUAACUGGCAUUGGUGGAGAAAAAUGUGAUAUGUGUGCAAGAGGCUAUCUUGGCUCAUCGCCGAGUUGCAGUCCAUGUGGAGAAUGUUUUGACAACUGGGACAGGAUUCUGAAUGAAUUGCAAGAUGAAACGACCCUACUUAUCCAAGCUGCAUCAGAAAUCAAGCAAACUGGGGUAACAGGAGCAUACACACAGGCAUUUGAAGCAAUGGAAAAGAAGCUACACGAAGUUAAUAAUCUUCUGCAAAAUACCACAGUCAGCACCCAAGAUCUUGAAAACCUGGUGCAAAUCGUUGAGAAGUUAAGGUCUGAUUUAAACCAGUCUUCCAACGCAUUAGAUAGUGUGGAAAACCAACUCCAAAAUACAACUCAACGAAUAUAUUUAACUAACCUUGCACUUGCUGACUUGCAGAACAAGUCAGAAAAUUUAAGAAAUAAAGCCAAAAACUUGAAAAAUGAAGCAACCAAGCUGCAGGAAGCUAAUGUUGAAGGUGCUCUUAAUCUAACCCGUGAGUCACAGAAAGCUUCUCAAAAAGCACAGCAGUUGGUUGACAGCUUAGAUGAACGUUUGCAAGAAGCUGAACGUAAUUAUAAACGCACAGAAGCACGAAUCAACAGAACUGCAAAUCAGUUUCAGAAAGAACGUGAGGAAAAUGACAAUGCUCUGGACAUAAUAGCCAAGAAACUAGAACAGCUUGAACAGGAAAUUCCUGAUAUAAAUGAAAAAAUUUGUGACAAACGUGGAGAUCCAUGUGACCAGUUGUGUGGCGGGGCAGGUUGUGGCUCUUGUGGCGGCCUCUUGUCGUGCGAACAAGGUGCAGUUACUAAAGCUGCAACCACAGUUGGCCUGGGAAAGGAUGCCAAGGAAGCCAUUAGCCAGAAAGAAGCACAUGCUGAAGAACUUCUCAGAGGGAUCUCGCAGGCAAAACAGGAAACUUCAACAGCAUAUGAUCUUGCCAAAGAAGCUUAUGACAAAGCUCUUUCAGCCAGAAACCGUUCAAAAACCAUGUUUCAAGAAACUACCGAUAUAAAUGAACGCUUGUCAUUGUUUCUCAAUGAUGACAGAGCGAAACCUGCAGACAUCAGAGAUUUGGCUGAAGACGUGAAAAGAAAAAAUAUCAAUCUAAAACCAGAAGAAAUAACAAAGCUUGCUGAGGCUAUUAACAUAAAAAUUUCUUCUCUGACAGACAUUGAUGCAAUUCUUACUGAAACUGAUGACAAUCUAACAUUGGCAAAUUCUUUAAAGGAUAAAGCUGAUGCAGCAAAGAGUGAUGCUGAAGAAAUAUUAAACACAACAAAUCAAGUUGUAAUCGCAUUGGCUGAUGCUAUGGGGGCACAGGAGAAAGCAGACCAAGCAAUUGAAAAAGCUAAAGGUGAUAUAGAAACAGCUAGACGUGAUCUGACUUCGAUUGGCAGCGAAACAGAUGAAGCUCAAAACAAGGCAAAUAAAACACUUGCUGAUGUGACAUCCUUAACAGAAAAGUUGAAACAGUUACAAACAAGUGUACUUAUAAAUGAGCGAGCAGCCAACGAAGUAGCUGAUGCUGCAGGAAAAAUCAAAAUCAAAGCAACACAAGCCCAAGUCAAUGCUAGUAAGUUGAAUAGUGACUACGAAAGCACUGCAGAUAAGCUGAACAACAGAGCCACUUUGACAGGUGAAGCACAUUCACGAGCUCUUAACCUACGUGAGAGAGCCAGCCAGUUUUUUGUCGGAACAUCUGCCAAACGGAAGGAAUUAACAGAUAUGAAUAUUGACUAUGUCAAUAAUGAACAGGAACUCAACAAACUUGCCAGUGAAAUCGAAAGUUUGAUUGAAAGAAUGAAUCUCUACUUAGGAAAGAUAAACACACAAUCAGAAUAUUAUCGUACUUGUGUUUCAUAAUAAAAAAAUUUCUGCUAUAUUUUGAACUAAAAGACUAACAUAUUUAGGUAUAACUGCAUAAUGUAGAGUAUGGUAAAGUAUGUUAUAAAAAUGUUGAGUGAAGUCUAGUGCCUAUUCUUAUAUAGUUUGUCUAAAUAAUUGUGUACAGUGAAUAUGUUUUCUUUUAUUGUUUAAAUUUUUUAAAUUGGGGUAUUGUUUUCAAUGGAAUUCCCACAGGUUGUCUUUCUUUGACUUUAAACUGUCUUAUUUAUAAGUUAUUUAAUAAUUAAUAAGUUUCAAAUCAAUAUAUGAUUACCUUUCCACCCUAAAAACAAGUAGUGUUGCUUUAGUUUACCACAUAAACUUAUUAACAGUAGAAGGAACAUUUUUUCGAGUGAAUGUAAUUUUCACUUACAGAGUUGAAAUUAUUAAUACAUUAGUAGGCACUGAAGAUCAUACUUGGCACUAACAUGGAUAAGAGAUUGAGUGGAUAAAAGACAUACUGGAACUCAUCCAAAUCAAGCAGUUAAAGAGAUUUUUUUUUUGCAGUAUUCUUUCAUGAGGAGAUGCUACAAAUUUUUUUGCUUGCAAUUAAAAUAACUCUUUCUCUUUAAUUCAGUUUAUAGUUUGCUUUAAAAAAAAUACAUUGUAAAUAUACUAGAAUAUUUGUGCUUUUAAUGUGUAAUACAGUGUAAAAAGUUAUCUUUGCUGAAAUAAUUUUUUUAGACAUAAUUUUGGUAAGGUGUGGGCAAUAUUCUUGCACGCAUGGAGGUCUGCUGCACAAGUGUAGAAUGGCCACUUGCCCUGUGCACUGCCCCUCCUAAGUGGACGGGGCAGAGAGGGUCAGUUCCUGCGUUAUCCGUGUUGUGGCAUCCUCCUUUCUUUAACAACUGAAUAUCAAAAAUACUGGUUUAAAUCAUCUUAAAAUAUUAAUAUUUCCUAACUUUGUAAGAGACAUCUUUUACUAAGAGUCAAUAGUUGAAUUUUUUAGGAACAACAAUUAUCCUUCAAAUAAAUACUAACAACUUAGAAGGUCUUUUUCUUAUAUGUUUACUUUUAAAUUAUAAUUUAUAAUUAUGAUAACUAGAAAAAUUUCUCAUUUACUUCAAUUCAAACAUGGCCAAGAUUCCUGCCGAGAAAAAUUCUGAUUAAAGUUCUGUCAGACACUCAUUCAAAUUAAUUUAUUGGCACAAAUAGUAUAGUGCAAUUAAUCAUAACUGAAAUUGAUUAAGAGUGGCAUUAAGUGAUCUUUCAUGGCUCCAUAAACAGUUGAAGAACCAAAAAGAAAUAAACAUGCUCAAACCAUUUUUAAAAUGUCUUGUUCACUUCAGCAAUUACUGAAACAUAAUAAAAUUAUCAGUGUCUCAGACAGAGGCUACUGUAGAUAAAUUUUUCAUUUCUAAAAUGUGUCUUGCACAGCUUAGGUUUUUUUUAAAAAGUUUUACUUAUUUCAGCCAUUAAAAAAAUUAACUAGUUUGAAGCUACAUAGUGGUGUUCAAAACAUUUAAAUGGUAAUACCAAAUUAAAACUUUACCAUGUUUGCUCUUAUAUAAAAAGUUAUUAAUUUUCUUACCUUGGUUAACCAACAAACUUCACAAUAAUGUGGUAUGUCAAAGUACUCUUCUCCUAUUACUGCUAAAAAUUUCUCACAUUGCCAGUGUAUAAAAUUAUAUUAUCCCUGCUACAAUGUAAUAUCCCAUUGAGAACAGUGGCUUAUUGUACUAUUGCAGUGAGUGUUAGGUCAUCGUUUAGCACUGAGCACACAGUAUAUAAUGUUUGCCUACAAAAUAAAAUCACUGUAUUGAAACUUAUUCCAUGUGUACCUUUGGCCACUAUAUUGUUUGGGACUAAAUUGACAUGUACUAAAUUUUUAUUAAAAUUUAGUUAGAUGGCCUCUUAUUCUAUGCAAUUUUGUGUCAACCAUUUAUCUCACACAUAUACAUUAAUUACAGUAUAGUAUAUUUAAAUACACAAUUAAUUUAACAUUAUAAUCACUUAAUGUAGGUUGAACAAAAUUGAAAUGUAUUAAAAUUUCUCAACUAUGAAAUAUUUUUCUUUGUAUUAUAAAAAAUAUUUUAGAUUAUAUUCUGUGUAUUUUGUUUUAAGUUAUUGCUUUUAUUUUCUUCUUACUGUCAUAGUUACACCUGUUUACAGGUUCUAAGGAAGCUAAUGUUUGAUAAAUUUUCAACUGUCCAAAAAAAAUUGAAUUGAACUUCCUCACAAUUCCAAAUAACUUAAGACAUUAAAGGGUUUGAUAAUGUUUUGAAUACUCAUACAUGUUUCUUACAAGUAACAUUCCUUUCAGUGCGACAGUACAUAAUGCCAGUUUACUGAAAUAUAACAUAGCAUUGAAUUAGAUUUUAUAUUGGUCUAAAAUAAAAUAACAAUUAAGUUUGUGGUGAGUCUAAAAAUAAAGCUCAUGUUUGUCUAAACUUAAAUGAAUUAUCCAGGACAGUGUGUGUAAAUUAAAGAACCAAAUUUUAUUGUAAGUGAUGAAAAUGUUUUUAUACAACAUAAUUGUUUUGUAUUGAAUGUUUUUCUAUGAAAGAAGAAAUAUUGAAUUACAGUUUUGAUAUGUAUGUAUAUGAUUUAAUAAAAAUACUGUUUCAAAAACCAGUUUUAUGUAUGCUGAAAUGAAAUUUGAUCAAACAGUUAUGUGAUAAAAUGGUAAUUUCAAAGUAGGGUGUUAUAUCGCAUGGUGUGUUGUGCAAUAUAGCUUUCAAUUGUUAUUAAAACUCUAACUGUCAUGCUUUAAAAGAACACUGAGAGCUAAUUUAUUAUUUAACUAUUCUAGAGAAAAAUUUUUUUGGAUAUGUUUUAUGCUGGUUUAGCAAGGAAACAUAUGUAGGUGUGUGUGUAUAUGCAACAAAAACAAAGUCGAGUUUUCAAGAAAUAAAUUUGUUUAUGCAUCAAAUAAAUUUUACCUACAGUAAACAUAUUAAAGUUAACGAAAUUAUUUUAAAAUUGAAGCACGUUAACGUAGCAGAGCAUUAAGAUGGUCACCUACUCCAGUUCAUAUUUUUAGGUCUAUUCUGACACCAAUACCUGGCAUCAGAUAUUGGCAGAUAUUCAGCUCUCUGCCAAUAUAAAGGUAUUGGAACAAGUUUCGUAGGUACUGGAAAAAUAUGCAUGUACAACUUUAUUUAUUUUUUUAAUACUUGUCUUGCUUAGAAGGUUUUUUAAGCCAAUGUUUCUCCACAUUUAAUAAACAUUUAUUUCUUUGGUAAUGUGGCAGUAUUGAACCCUUUUUUUGAAACGAAACGAUGUACAAAACAUCAAAAUCUCUCUACUUAUGUUCACCAAGCAGGCAAGCUAGCGUGAUGACAUGGCAAUGCUGCAGUGAAUCACUCUGGAUGCAGCAAGGACAAAGAUACAUCCCUCCACUCUGUUCCCCCUGUCCUCUUUUUCUAAAGUUACAUGACUUCAAGUCUCUGAGAGGAAAAUAAAAAGCUAUUCUUUCAUAAUCGGUGAAAGAGUUUAGUAAAGUGAAUUUACAGUGCUCAUAUUCAGACCUGAGUGUUUCAACUUACAGUGAUGUUACCUAAAGAAAGUUGUGGGUAGUGCCUAGCAAUAACAUCCCACUAACAGAUACAGUUGUGGCAGGAAUUUCUUUCUCACACCAUGACAGCUGCUUGGAAGUAGAUGUACCUGUGUGCCUGUCCCCCCCCCCCCUCCUUCUUGUCAUACUAAUGAUUACGUAAUGUAAGCAAGCAACAUAACUCAUGGCCAUGGGACAGCAAACCCGACAGCUAGGCAUCGUGAACACUUAAAUAAUGUACAAAAAGAAUAUUACUUUACACAUUUGAUAUAUAUGAACCUUCUGGUUCCAGGGAGAGAGAAAGAACAAUAAUGCAAGCAAAUGACCCCUACACAAGCGGGCCAACUCAGUUGAUAAACAGCCUUGGUCAUAUCAGUGAAGUUUUUGCACACAAUAACUUAAUAAUUCCAGGAAACAGAAAAACCUAAAGGCAAGAAUAAAGUAAUCCAAAAAAAAACCAUAAAGGUUUUGAAAGAGCAAUCCUGUAAAAUAGGCAACAAAAAUUUUUAAAAUAUUCUUGCCCCCCCCCCCCCCCCCCCCCCUCUUCCCCAAAACAAACAGUGCCAAAACAUGCAUUUGUACAAAAACUCCAGGAAAAUCAAUUUGUCACUAUUGAAGUAUUGUGAAGGGAAGGGGAAAUCCACCUAACUUUACCUCAAUGACGUUAACAAUUAGAAACAUAAAAAAAACAAAAACAAUGGCCCUUGUGAAGGGACAGGCAGAGUGCCAGACGUGUUGUGCAACCCCUAAAGAAAUAAGCGUAAAUAUCAGAAAUACAAAAAUACACAACUUUAUUAUUCUUUAAAUCAAGCCCCAUAUGAAUGUAGAGGGGCAACACAUAACAAGAAUUACGAAAGAAAGAAUUACGUAAACAGGUACUGGUGAGCAAUACAAAUAGCCAAUAUGCAAAUGUUAUAUGCUAACGUUAUUUAAAUCAAGCAAUUGCAAAUAGAAUGCUGUCUGUCCGGACGUGAGAGGUGCGGCGGAGAAAAACGGCAAACGCCCUAACGGAAAAUGGGUCGAAUGCAAAAAAACAAAAUCAAAGAAAUGCACAAGGUGAAACACACUGGCAAUGCAAACCAGAAAAUUACGAAACAAAUUCGGUGUCCAGCAAACAUUACUUUAUUAGGCCACAAGGAGGCAAGCCAAACAUGACGCAGAAGGCAAACUACAGAAAUAUCAAGAAAAAAAAUGUAAGACACCGACCAGAGAACACCUCGUAGCCAUGCGUAACACGGCGCGAAGCCGAAGCACCCCUCACGGCGAUCGCUCCCGGAACAGAACAGAAUAAGCAAAAUAAUUACAGCCCUAUAUAUAAAAAAUGCAGAUGGCGCUAGUGUCGCAUUCAGUAGGCCUGGAAGGAGGCGCCUAGGUCACGCGGACGUCAGAAGGGAUGGCAUGAGGGGGAUUUAAAGGGAAUGAGGGAAGGGGAGGAGCCGGCGGGCGUCUGAAUGCCGAAGCGCACGUUGCACUAUAUUUUUCAGAAAAUCCACCGUACUGCUUAAUGCAAACACAUAACUUGGUACACAUGAAAUACCAGGUUUAAUUGACUCUGGGUCAGUUCAUAGUUUUAUUUCAGACCCUCUUUUUCAAACAUUGUAGGAAAAUUAUUUAGCUAAGAAAACAGAAUAAAUAACUUUAAAACGGUUCCCUGCCUCAAAGCAACCAUUGAAUAUUAAUACCGCUGCAGUUAUAAAGGUAAAAAUUGAUGUAUAUACAUUCUGGGACUUAAAAUUUUUAAUAUGUAAGAACUUAGCAACUGUGUUCAUUUUUGGCUCAGAUUUAAUUGCCAAAACUGGCUUGGCAGUUGAUCUUUAGGCAGGGAAUUUUAAAUUUUAAUUUAAUAAACAAGUCAUUAUUCCCUUUGCAACUACGAAUGCUACAGUUCAGAGUAAUGUCAACAUUAUACAAACCAGUGCUAAUGAGGGAGAUAUUCUACUUGUGGACCAUUUCAGCCAGGAUAAACAAUUGGCAAUCAGCAGGGCCCCCACAUGUCCAGUGCUACCAUUGCUACGGCACCGGGACACAGUGGGUCUAGGGGGCCUGCGAAGGAAAGAAAAAAAAAAUUAAAACAAAAAGUAGAAAAUUUUAAAUAAAUCAUAGAAAACAAUUAAACAGGUAGGCCUAGUUUUAGUUGUACCGAUGAAAUAUUACAUCAGAAUAAUAUGAUUCGGAAUAUGCUUUGCGUACAGAACGUGUCUGAAUCUACAACUGUGAGUAACAAAACCACGACCAUCUUAGGUGACAGCAUGUUGUGCAGAACACUGCCUACUCGGCUGUAGGUCAAUAACGUAAUGUUGCUAUUUUUAGUAUUCCUCUCCCCGCUUGCUCCACUCCACCAAUAUAUCCCGUGUCCCGUCAGCGAAUCAACAACACAGGUGCUCGGUACUGAGUAGUGUGUUUCCGUGGUGUGUUUCUGUUUGUGUAUGUAGUUGUUUUUAAACAGUUAAUAGUUGCUUUACUAUGUCAUUAUGUCUACGAGUAAUUUCAAGCACAAAUCUGGGUUGCAAAAAGGGAAGUUAAAAGCUAUUAAAGAUGCAAACAGGCCAACAGAAAAUUACAAUUUUUUUUUUUAAAAAGAAUGAUGACAAUGAUAACCAUUUUCUUUGUGCUGAUGAUGGAAGUGUUAAAAGUGACAGUAUUACCUACUUGUAAUACUACUGAUGAUACUGUGACGGUGUCCAGUGAAUUAUUGGUUUAAACUGAUUACAAUACAGACAAGACUUCAUCUGAGGUGCAGGUAGGAAAAGAACAUGUAGAUUCUAUCAAUAAUGGUAGUAAUUACGAAAACAACAUUUCAAAUGACGAGAGUUCUAACAAUGAUAAAUCAAUUUUAGAUUUUACUGAUCCAGGCACAUGACCAGUAAUAAUUAAUGAUAUUUAUUGCCAGAAUAUUGUCUCUCAAAAUAAUAUCAAAUUUGGAGAAUUAUGUAGUCAGGCUAAGACAUUCCCUAAAGAAAAAACAAGAAAACUGUUUUCUAGCUAUCUUCUCGAUUCUAAAUUUGUAAACAAUCAAGAAAAGUACCCCAGAGACUGGUUAAUUUGGAGCUCUUCAAAACAGACACUUCAUUGCAUUGCCCAUACUCUUUUUUUGUAAUGGCCCAAAAUGAAGCAAUUUUGCAAACAUGUGAUUUUCUCUGGCUCAAUUCCUAUUGAAAAUGUUGUAUAAUAAACUUCCCGAGCAUGAAAAUUGUCAAUGGACAUCCCUCCAACAAUCAAUUAAUUCAAAAUUGACUGUGGUCUUCAAAAACAAAUUUUGAACGAAGCAUAAAAGUAGAAAGCAAUUUUACAAUGAAUUUUAGACAUGCCACUCUUACUGUCAUGAAGGGGGUUGUUUUUCCAAGGAGAUAAUAUAUCAAUUGGUGAUUCAAAUAAUGGCAAUUUUCUCAGGACUUUUGAGUUAAUAGGAAAAUACGAUGAAAUUACAAGGGAGCACUUGGCUGAGGUAAAAAAAUCUGUGAUUGAAAGGAAAAAAAACAUGAGUGGACAAGCCCACUACUUAUCUUGGAUGAGUCAAAAUGAGUUCAUUUCACUUUGCGGUGAAAAAUUUUUAAGAGUUAUCCUUGAAGAAAGGCAAGAAGCAAUUUAUUAUGGGCUAAUUUUUGGUUGAAACUCCUAAUGCAUCACAUCAAGAACAUAAUUUAUUUAUUUUGAGCUAUGCCAUUCAAAAUAAAGACUCUAAGCAAUAUAAAAGAAA